AUGGAGUUUGCUGAGGCUCUGAGCGCCCCAUGGGGAAAGCAGCUUUCACUGUUAUCUGUGGGCUUUCUGAGUGUUUUCUUGCAGAUAACCCUGGAUACUGAGAGCCUGUCUACAUCCUCACCUUGGGGAGAGAAAAGCCAUGGGGAGUGGAAUGAGCAAGACUCAGAGGACAGGGACAGCCUGCGGAGGCAUGGCGUGACACACAUCCUUUCCGUGCACAACGGGGCCAAGCCGGUGCUGGAGGACAUGACUUAUCUCUGUAUCUCGGCCUCUGAUUCUUCCAGUCAAAACCUGAUGCAGCACUUUAAGGAGAGCAUCAAGUUCAUCCACGAGUGCCGGCUCCGUGGGGGAGGCUGCCUUGUCCAUUGCCUGGCCGGGGUGUCCCGCAGCACCACCAUCGUGGUGGCAUACCUGAUGACAGUGACAGAGCUGGGCUGGGAGCGCUGCCUGGCCGCCACCAAGGCUGUGCGCUCCUAUGCCAGCCCCAACUUCGGCUUCCAGCAGCAGCUGCAGGAGUACGAGCAGACCUUGCUGAAGGAGUACCGUGCCUGGAUCCGUCACGAUUAUGGCAGGAACCCCUUCCAGGAUCAGGAGGAGCUGCAGCGUUUGUUGGCCCAGCAGGAGCAAAGUGGAAGCAGGGAUGGCUCCUGCACCUCUCCCCCGGCACCCAACCACCCACUGCCCAGCAGCAGGAGCCCGUGGAUGGACAGAUAGGCAGCAGCUGCUCCCAGAGGGACACUAUCUUUGUGCCUUGCAAAACGUGACAGCCGCCGUGCCCAGUGCCCAUGGGGUGCAGCUGCAGUGGGAUGCAGUGGGGUAAAGGCUGGGGCAGGAUCCCACAGCUGCAGUUAUGCAGGGGCUGCUCUGCUGCUGCUUCUCAUGCACCAGCCCCGCCGUAUGGGAAAAAUCAAUUGUUACUGAGAAACAGAGAGGCAGAGCCUCACUCUGCAUUAAAGCCCUUCUCAGGGUCACCACGAGAGGAUCCAAUCCUUUAUUCAAGUAUUUCUAGGAAGUCCCUUAGUGGAAAUUUCUGGGUAUUGGAGCCUGUGAGUGGGACAAAGCUGGUGCUGAGCUGCCAAGGAACAGGGGAUUGAUCAAAACCAUGGGGAUGGCUGCAGGGAUGGAGGGAUGGGCUGCGUUAUUCUAUAUAGAAGUGCCGCAGUAUCUGGGAAAGCACCCUGGGCAAUCAGUGGGGAAAAGGCCAAUAAGUGCUGAUGAUCAAGGGAGCUGGAGGGAAGUUGAGCAAACCUUGUAGACAUUGCAUCGAAUGCCUCGCUUAUCAUUUUAGGAAGCAGAAAAAUGGAACUCGUGCACAGGAAAAAGAGAAGAAAGUUGGUUUCUGGUGUCAAUAGGAAGUCAUCGCAGAUCUGUGAUAAGCAGAGAUUAGAUGUGCAGUAGGUGCGAUAACCUCAUGCUGCCACUUCAGCACCCAUCCCACGGUCUGCCCUGCCUUGUGGGCAUCCCAAGACUGCAGUGUUUCCCCUAACUCACCCCAGCUUGUGGGAACCACAGGGGAUGCCCCGAGUGAUUACAGCAUCACGGCAGCAUCUGCUGCCCAAAGAGCACCUCCUACCCCCACAUAGGUGCCAGGCAGCUGUAUUCCCACACGACUGCACGUUCUGUCCUCUCCAGCCCUGCUCCGUGUUUUGCCAACUCCCACAUCACCCGUGCAGGGGGUCAGCAGUGCAGUCCCCCCCCCCCUCCUGCUACAAGUGACCCUCAUCCCAUCAGGAUGUGCUUGGCUCUCCCCACAUCUCACGCAGGCUCUCCCAGCAGCCAUUUGUCACGCAUCGGAGUGAAGGCUUUGCACCGUGGCUCUUUAUUUUUAUGACACCUGCAGCCCAUCGCAUUGCCACGGGAUGCCCGGGUGACCGCCUCGUGCCAUCUGCGGGCAAGGAAAACAAGCCAAGCACCCUGGGUUUGGCCGAGCACCACCAGGAGCAGCGUGGGGAUGAAGAAAUAGAGGAAAUGGGGUGGAAUGGGCCGUAGGAGGACGGACGGACGUUGGACACACGGACACCUCCCGCCUCCGCGCCACCACGCUGAUU